GGCGGAGUCCAGUUGACGCAGUCGAUCCGGAAAGUAGUUAAAUGGUUUGUGGCUUGCUCCAGCUGCACGUCUUUCGUUUUCAUAAAGGAAAUAAAACCGAAGUGGUUUGGUUUCUGGCUCCAGAGUGGACACAGCUUCACAAUCAAGGAUUUUUUUUUUUAAAAAAAAAGAAAAGUCUUCUGUGGUGGUUGAGCUCAGGGAGGGAGGUGACCAGAAUCCGGGCGGGACCGUCUCAACUUUCUCACAGCAAGUCUGCCUGCGUGGAGAGCUCGCACUCAUACUGUUCCUGCCCCGAGGGUCGGUGUAGUAGCCUGGGUCGGUUCUGUUUUGUAGCCUACCAUGUUUAGCUGGUCUAAAAACAACGGGAAGAAGGAGCCGGAGCUUUUUCAGAAUGUCUCCGAGGGCCUGAGGCGCCUGUACCGCCAGAAGCUCUUCCCUCUGGAGGACACCUACCGCUUCCACGACUUCCACUCCCCGGCGCUCGAGGAUGCUGACUUCGAUAACAAGCCCAUGGUGCUUCUGGUCGGUCAGUAUUCCACCGGAAAAACGACCUUCAUCCGGCACCUGAUGGAGCAGGAUUUCCCUGGGAUGCGGAUUGGACCAGAGCCCACUACAGACUCCUUCAUAGCAGUGAUGCACGGAGAGCAGGAUGGGGUCAUACCGGGCAACGCACUGGUGGUGGACCCGAAAAAACCUUUCCGAAAACUCAACGCCUUCGGAAACGCUUUCCUCAACAGGUUUAUGUGUGCUCAGCUGAAGAACCCUGUUCUAGAGAGUAUCAGUAUCAUCGAUACGCCUGGCAUCCUGUCAGGGGAGAAACAGAGGAUAAGCCGAGGCUAUGACUUUGCAGCUGUACUCGAGUGGUUCGCCGAGCGGGUGGACCGCAUCAUCCUGCUCUUCGAUGCCCACAAGCUGGACAUCUCGGACGAGUUCUCAGAGGUGAUAAAAGCCUUAAAGAACCAUGAAGACAAGAUGCGUGUAGUAUUGAACAAGGCAGACCAGAUCAGCACACAGCAGCUGAUGAGGGUGUACGGUGCCCUCAUGUGGUCACUAGGGAAGAUCAUCAACACUCCAGAGGUGGUGCGGGUCUACAUCGGCUCGUUCUGGGCACAGCCUCUCCAUGUGCCGGAUAACAGGAAGCUGUUUGAGGCGGAGGAGCAGGACCUUUUCCGAGACAUCCAAAGCCUUCCACGGAACGCUGCCUUGAGAAAGCUGAAUGAUCUGAUUAAGAGGGCACGUCUUGCCAAGGUUCAUGCUUACAUCAUCACCUCUCUAAAGAAGGAAAUGCCCAGCAUGUUUGGCAAAGACAACAAGAAGAAAGAGCUGAUUGCCAACCUGGGUGCCAUCUAUGAGAAGAUAGAGAAAGAACACAACAUUUCUCCAGGGGACUUCCCAAACCUCAAGAAGAUGCAGGACCUCCUAAUUGCCCAGGACUUCACCAAGUUUCCUUCUUUGAAGACCAAACUGCUGGAGGCUGUGGAGGACAUGCUGGCCAAUGACAUUGCCAAGCUCAUGUCACUUGUGCGUCAGGAAGAGGCAUCCAUGCCUUCUCAGUCUGUGAAGGGUGGAGCCUUCGAUGGUACCAUGAAUGGGCCGUUCGGCCACGGUUACGGUGAGGGUGCUGGUGAAGGUAUCGAUGAGCUGGAGUGGGUGGUAGCUCGUGACAAGCCGUCCUAUGACGAAAUCUUCUACACACUCUCGCCCAUUAACGGCAAGGUGUCGGGUGCUGCUGCCAAGAAGGAGAUGCUGAAAUCCAAGCUGCCAAAUACAGUGCUUGGCAAGAUCUGGAGCCUGGCUGAUGUGGACAAAGAUGGCUACCUUGAUGAUGACGAGUUUGCCCUGGCCAACCAUCUGAUCAAGGUGAAGCUGGAAGGUUAUGAGCUGCCUGCCAAGCUGCCCUCUCACCUGGUGCCCCCAUCCAAACGUGACCCAGAGCAGCAGUGACCACCUGGAGCACCCCUUUAGCGCUUCAGCUAUGGCUCAUUUCAGGCUUUGACUUCCCUAGCCAUUCCAGGAUUCCUUCCAAAUAGCACCUCAGCAGCUUUCAUCACAUCACACCAUUUUAUUAAAAUAAAAACCAGUUGGGGCUUUUGAGAGACUCUUGCGGUUGCUGUACAUACGGCUUUUUCCACCAAAUUUAUUGUAGUCUAGAGAAGUAGGUAGCAAUAUUCUACUUUCAGUCCUUUUUGGUUCAAUGUGUUUUUAUGACCAUUAAUUUCCUCAGAACUGUGAUGGGUUUGUGUGUGUGGGUUUUUUUUUUUUUUGGGGGGGGGGGGGAUCUUGAUAAAUUGAAUCUGUCCUGGUUAUACAAUUAACUAAUCAUUGAUACUCCACGGGGUUGUUAUAUGGAUUCUGAAGCUGAAAUAUGCACAAAUGAAUAUCUGGAAUGGCUUUGGAUCCAAAGACUGAACCUGAUCUCCAAACAAGAUGAACCUGUAAAAGACUGGGGGGGGGUUGAAUUUGUAUGAAAACGCAAGACACCACUUUCAGCAGAGGGUUGUUAGAAAAGAUUGUAAAAUGCACUUUGCUGGUACUAAGGCAAUGGAUGACAGCUUUGGAGGAGCAUGGGCCAGGAGAAAUUAUGGGUGAUGAAUGGGGAAAAGAAUAAUGUGAACUAUACAAGCAUACAAAUAAGGUAUAUCCCUAUUCUUUGUUUGCAAACUUAACUUAUUAUUCUUUAAAUCUGUAUUUUUAUAUGUUUAAAAUUUGACACUAUAAAGGCUUCUCUUGAUUUAUGUUCCUGCCUACAAAGACGGUCAUGCAGUUUCAGUCUUUUUUUUUUUUUUUUUUUUAUUAAGUAGGUGGUGGGAUUUCAUAGUUUAAUUUCUCUUAUAGCAGUUCUGAUCGAUUUAAAUAAAAUAAAUGUACAUGGAAAUGUUAA